AUGAGCAGCGACAUGCGCCAAGCUUCCGGGAGCAGCAAAGCUAAACGACGACUGAUUGAUGCCGACGACGAUAAUAGAUCGAAUACUGCAGAUGAGCAUACCUCUAAUCCCAAGAGACAGCGGGUCUCGCGUGCCUGCGACAGCUGUCGGUCGAAAAAGGAUAAAUGCGACGGGGUCCAACCAGUAUGUUCAACCUGCGCUUCGCUGUCCAGGCCCUGCACCUACAAGGCCAAUCCCAAAAAGAGGGGCUUACCAACCGGGUACAUUCGCACGCUGGAGUUGCUAUGGGGUCUCGUGUUCUGCAAAAUAAAGGGUAGUGAGGAUGUGGUUCGCGCCUUGUUAAAGGCAGCCAAUAUGCCAAGUCAUUUGUCUACAAUGGGCAAAGAGGCUGAGGGAUCCGACACACUUCUCUUCUCGUGGAAGAAUAGUGCUGUGCUUAGAGAUGUCGAGCGGAUGUUGACCUUAUUAGAGCAGCCAGAGGAUGAGCAAGAUAAAGAGCUACGAGCCCCUGGAGACAGUGAUUCUCCUCAGGAUGCCGAAGGCAGUAGUGUAUUAUCUUCCGAUACCCUCGAGUGGUAUAUUCCUGAAGGGCUAGGAGAUGGAAGGGAGAGUUCAUUGGCUGCAGGGCCAUCACCCAUUAAAACACCUACAAUUGGAUCAUCCGCUAAAAGCCAUCCGACACGCAAUACCCGAGACUCCGGCACUCAAACAUUCUCCCCGAAUGACGCGACAGAAGACCCCAGAAUACUAGUCACUCAACCACCAUCGCUGCCUCACUCCAUCCUCUAUUCCUCUGAGAGUACAUCGAGAUAUCCGCCUCGCCUCCCCUCCAAUGCUUGGGCAUUGAUUGACCUAUACUUUACAUAUACACAGUGUUGGUUUCCAAUACUCGAAAAGCACGAUAUACUUCGGACUGCAUUUCGCCACUCGGAGGAUGACACCCCUGUUUCGGCUACGUCUGCUGGCUCUGGCAAUCACGCAGCACUAUGGGCAGUUCUAGCUCUUGCCUCUAUUCAGGAGGCUUCAAUUACCACGACUCGUCAAAUGCCGCAAGCUUCUAGCGACCGACCAAAUCCUAAACAGCUGUACAUAACAGCCAAAAGCCUAAUCCCAGGAGAAGAAGGUACCUAUGAUAUUGGCCAUGUUCAAGCAUUGCUGAUCUUGUCACUUAUCAAACUUGGUCAACAAGAGUGGGCAGCUGCAUGGGUGCUUGUGGGACAGGCCGUUCGUAUUUCACAGUGUCUGAGGCUGGAUCGCCCCCCAAGCACCCAAUUGAUUAAUGGAGAUGGGCUAAAGAGCCCGGGGCGAGCGAAGCAUGUCUUUUUGGGUUGCUUUUUGCUUGAGACUAUAGUUGCAAUGCAAACCGACCAAAUCCCGUCAUUGCGCAAGGGCGACCUGAUGAAUAUUGGCCCAAUUAAUGAGGAUGGUUUGGAAGAAUGGCAUCCUUGGGAAGAUCAAACUGGCCUUCGUCCGGUUGAGUCAUCACGAGGCAAUUUCCAUCGCGGGCCGCUCCAUGCACUGAGCACUUUUAACCGACUUAUCUCGUUGAUAUGUAUUUUGAACGACCUGUGCUGUACCAAGCAAUCUAUGACUAGCUCUGCCUCACAGCUAGAAGUGCUGGAACGCCAAUUACAAAUCUGGAUCUCGGCUCUUCCCAAGAGUUACCGUGUUGAUGUGCAAGCGAACUCAGCGAAGCCAGCUUCACCUCACAUCUUUGGACUCGAGAUGAUGUAUGAAGGCGUCAUUGCUACCCUGAGUUUACAAUUCGCAAUUCAGAAAAGCGACGCCAGCGUACACGAGGCGAUACACCAGGGACGUGCGACAGAAAGCUCGAAAAGAUUACUAUUAUUACUUCAAAUGUACAUGGAGACUUACAGUCUCUCUGCCACUUUCCCUACCUUUGGUACGGUUCUUUCGCUUAGCACGCCCCAGGAAAUUGAAACUCGCAAUUUGCCUUUAUUGUUUGAUCUCGAUUCUGGCUUAAAGCAAAAAUUGCGAUCAUUUGUCUCACAUCUCGCGACUGUGUGGUUCGUGCAGGAGAAAGACACGUCGGGGUUACGUAUGGCAACCAUGACACCAAAUGUGUCAUCGAUGUCCGUAACUCAGCGACAACGAAGCCUGACAAAUCCAACCUCGGCCGAUCAGAAUUCUUUCCACCUUGCGGAAAUGCCAAUCUCAGGAAAUGCGACAAGGAGAGCUGGGGCAAUAGACAAUACACACCUAGAUAUUAGUGCAGCUGAUCCACUUCUUUCGAACUCCUGGAUGCGAACGGCAUCAAAUGCCGAGGACAAUGCAGCAUUGUCAUUACCAACACCUGCCUCAUCGGUUAAUAUCAACCGAGGAGUAACGGAAACGUUACAGCAAACCUCUCAACCCAGGGAGCCCACUUCCCAUAGGCAACACGCUUCAAUAUCUUCAUCCACACGACCGGUAAACGGAGCGGCUUCAUUACCAGACUUGAGUUCAUUUCAGCCUUUACAAUAUCAGACACCAUACAGUGAACAGAAUAAUAACAUUGGCUCCUUUCUUGACAUGGACGGAUAUGGGUCUCUCCAACGACCGCGGAUUGCUCCCGAUCUCGAUGCAUUGUUUGAUGAAUUAGCAUCGUUGGAUGGUACCGAAAAAGCGGACAAUCAGCCAGAAUUCAUGCAGAACUUAGGAUUUGUUCCAGAUGCAGGAAUUCCGGAACUAUAUUCUUAUUCCAGUCAGGUUGAACCAUUCCUCCUGGCCCAAACACAACAAUUGCCAAUUUCCGACCCUUCGGGGGGUGGUGCUACCACGGGAGUCUCAACUGGUAAUUGA